GGCUUCGGUUUAUUCGAAAGCUUUUAAUCGCAUUCCGGACAAUUUUUCAUUUAAAAAAUAUGAAUAAAAAUCAUUUAUUUGCGAGUUAUAAAGCGAUCGGGUUUGUAGUUAAUGAGAUUCCUAUUAGUGUUGGGAUUUACAGACGAAAAAAGGAACCGUACGUAGUUACGUGCGUUGGCCGAGCCUUCCACACGUACAACGUUAAAAAGCUCGCCAUUGUAAACAUAAGCGACUCUCUCCCGAACUCGAUAACAUGCCUAAAAACUGACAGCAAGUUUGUAUAUGCGGCCUGUAAAAAUGACAUCUACAUAUUCUUUCAAUGGAGAAAGGUCUGGAAAAUAUUGAAAGGUCAUAAGGAUGACGUCAAGUUAAUCCUACCAUUUGCCGAUCACCUCAUAUCCAUCGAUGAGACCAACAAUCUGAAAGUAUGGACGGUCGAAGAUGGAGAAUUAUAUUCUGAAAUGUACUUCGACGGCGAUACAUUCGACGUUACUUGCAUAGAACACCCUCUGGAGUACGUUAACAAGGUUCUGAUGGGCAGUCGACAAGGGACGAUGCGAUUAGUGAACCUGUCGCAGAAUCAAGUAAUUUAUUCGUACCAGGGAUGGGCUUCCCCUGUUACUGCCAUUAAGCAGUCCCAGGCGGUGAACGUGGUGGCAGUCGGCCUGAAGGACGGUCGGAUCAUUCUACACGAUUUGAAAUUUGACGAAAGCCUCAUGGUCUUCAAGCAAGACUGGGGGCCAGUUACUAGUAUUUCCUUCAGAAGUGAUGUCGACUACAUCAUGGUCGUCGGGAGUGAGAUGGGCCACAUUGGGAUUUGGAAUCUCAAAAAGAAGAAAUUAAUAACCCAAGUAAACGAGGCCCAUGACGGACCGAUCACAGGCCUCCACUGUAUCGAAACCACGCCCACAAUGCUCACGUCGUCAAAUGAUAAUUGCCUCAAGAUGUGGAUUUUUGAUGAAACUGAGGGCGGAGCUAGGUUGCUCAGUCAGAGGAGUGGCCAUUCGAAGCCGCCGGUUAAAAUUAGAUUUCACGGAACUUCCGGAAAUGUUAUUUUAAGUGCUGGCCUGGACAGCACCUUACGUAACUUCUCGACAGUCCACGACAGCUACAACAGGAGCUUGGGCCGGGCCUCGUACAACAAACGACUCUCGAAGAAAGUGAAUCUCAAGCAGGACACUCUAGUCAUGCCGCCAAUCGUCGAUUUUGUCUCAGAAAUUUCCCGCCAAAGUGAUUGGGACGGCUUGCUGUGUGUGCAUAGCAACGAACGCCUGGCAACGACGUGGAGUUUCAACAAGUGCUGCAUGGGCAAGUACAAGUUCAGCGCUAAAGAUCGGUCACGUGUCGUGGGGUCCAGUGGUGAUAGUUAUGGUGAUGAUGAUGGUGAUGAUGGUCGAGGUGAUGAUGAGGGCAGUAGAGGGGCAGUUGCUAAGUGCGUUUGCCUGACAGCCUGCGGAAACUUCGGAUUGGUCGGUUUCUCUAGUGGGCGGGUCAGCGUGUUUAACAUGCAGUCUGGUUUGCAUAGAGGUUGCUAUGGCGACGAGGGUUCCAAACGUUUAGCACACGGAAGCUGCAUUACUGGCGUCUUCGUGGACGACCUAAACAGCACGACCAUAACAAUGGCUAGAGAGGUGGGGGUGAAGUUUUGGACUUUCAAGGGUAAGAAGUUCGUCCAGUCCCUAACUCUCCAUGCCACACCGCGCAUGGCCAUCAUGAAUAGAAAUAACAACCUAUUGGCGAUAUCGUUGAAUGAUUUUUCCUUGGUUCUACUCGACGCCGAGAGUAAGAAAGUCGUUAGAAAAAUUUCCGGUCAUAAGAAUGACGUCACUGACAUGACGUUUGCGCGGGGCGGUAGGUGGCUGGUGACGGCGUGUAUGGAUUCUUGCAUCAGGGUCUUUGACCUCUAUUCAUCUGUGUUAUUGGACAUCUUCCAGCUACACACGCCGGCCACCAGCAUCACCAUGUCGCCAACAGACGAGCUGUUGGCCACAACUCACGUCGACGAUUUAGGCAUAUAUCUAUGGUACAACAAAAGCCUUUACGCUCCAGCAUCUUUAACAGCGACCAACUCUCUAGACGUUAGCGAGGGUAAAGUUGGUGAUGUAGUCGAACUUCUCGAACUCCCAAGAACAAAAUGUGAUGAUGAUGAUUACGAUGAUGGUGAUGAUAAUGACAAACAAAGAACUGAAAGUAGUACGACAACGAAGUUAGGACAGUUAGGGAAAAUGGUGACACUGAGUAACUUGUCGGAAUUAAGAUGGCUGUCUCUUUCGAGAUACGAUCUUAUAAAGGAGAAAAACGCACCCAGAGAGGCUCUGAAGGUGCCAAAACAGGCUCCUUUUUUCCUGCCCACCAAGCAGGGUUUGGAGUUUGAGUUUGAGAAACCCGAGGAACUAAAGGAUGAAUCUAAAAUAAAAAAUAAAAAAGUAUAUUUUUUGCUUUACACGUUACAUUACAAUUUUGAGGGAAACUUACAAAAAUUUUCUUGCACAGAUGACGAUGUGAGAGACUACUUCUUAACUCUAUAUCCCUCUUCUAUUGACGCCGAACUACGCUGUAUGAGUUUAGAUUUUGGGGGUAGAGCUGAGAUUCUAGUUUGUUUUCUGCUGUUUUUGAGGUCCUGGCUCUCUUCUAACAACCAAUUUGAAAUCUGCAAUGCGAUUUUCGAUAGAUUCGUUGAGGUG